AUGGAGCAACGCAUUCAACAAUUUCAUGACGAUACCAAAAAUAUACCCAAACCACCCACAGCAAAGACAGUAAAGCAAAUGAACACAUUAAAGAAAUUCAUAUUCAAGAACCAAGAUUAUAGAUUUUCAGAUAAAGAAAAGAACAAACUGUUUGCAUGUAUUGAGACCUACUUUACUGUAUUUGACAGAAGUGGUUUGACAGACCAAGUGUCAUCGUUUCCAUUGAUUGAGGAUGCAUUAAAAGUACCUUGCUUCACAACUAAGCAAAAAAGUCAAUUGUUAAAAUGGUAUGAUGAGAUAUUAGCCAAGCAGGAAGGUCGAGAUGUGCCAAAAAAGGAAGAUCAUAAUAAUGAUGAUGAAGAAAACUAUGAUGAUUUCGAUUGGGAUGCAUUUGAAAAGGAAGGGUAUACCAGCGAUUAA